AGCAAGGUGUGUGUGGGGGAGGGAGGCGGGCGUAGAUAAGAGUCGUCUCGCUCGCCUCGUCGUCGCAGGAGAGGAGAGAGAGAGAGGGAGGGAGAGAGAGGAGGCUAGAGAGAGAAACAAAGGUGGUGGUACGGUAGUAGAUGUGAGCCACCCUCUUUGUAUCCCUCGCCAACUUCUUCUCCUACCAACUUCUUUUCGUCCCCUCCCACCCCUUCCUUACCGUCUCGCGCCCGCUCCCGCAGCCUCGCUCCACCCGCCGCCGCCGGCCGGCCGGCACCGCCGGUGGCAUUUCAAGUAUGGUUAGCUUGAGGCGACGUCGACUAUUGGGUCUUUGUUCUGCUUUUGUUUCAGGGAAAGACUCAUUGCCAGUUGAUCUUCCUAAGCCCAUUGAAAAUGAAAAAACUGUGGAAGUUGUGCACUCCAAUGUGAAGCCAUUCAGUGUGCAUCCUCUGCCCUUGGCAAAGACUUCUGAUGUGCUCACAAAAUCCUCAAAUGGUUCUGAUGAUUCAAAGGAAGAGAAAACCCAGUACUAUCCAGGCAAGGAAAUCAAGCGCAGAAAACGACAUAGAAGAAAGCAGUACGUGGAUCAAGAGCCCUGCAUUAUGAGGGGGGUUUAUUUCAAAAAUAUGAAAUGGCAGGCUGCCAUAAAAGUUGACAAGAAACAGAUUCACUUGGGUACUGUUGGGACACAGGACGAAGCAGCCCGGCUUUAUGAUAGGGCUGCUUUUAUGUGUGGAAGGGAGCCAAACUUUGAGCUUUCUGAGGAAGAGAAGCAGGAACUACGGAAGUACACCUGGGAGGGCUUCUUAGCAGUGACUCGCAACACGAUAACCAGCAAAAAACAAAGGAAAGUUGGGUUGCCAAGGCGUAGCAAGGCAGACCUGUUCAUGGGACAGAGUGAUGGCGAUACUGAGAUGGCCAAUGGAGGCGGUUCAUCGAAUUCUGAUAAUGGAGACGCAGAGACGUCGGCAUCUUAGGUUGCUCCCAGGGGUUUUUGCCGUUGUGGCAACUCAAGUGGAGUCCUCCAGCAUAUUCAUUCCGAGCAUGAUAUGAGCUCCGUUUAGGAUUUUGUUCUCUCAUCAAUAAUUAAUUUUCAUGUGCAUAAGGCCCCCGUUGGUCUAAUCAAAGGUUAGGGAAAUCAUGCCAUCUCAAACAAGAAUUGGAGGUGGUCCAUUGUAGAAACAAUUCAUGUAUACCGGUUCCGAAAUUGUGUAUAUCUACCGAUAGGUUCACCUUACCUUUUACCCAAUGUAGUUAGUUUACCUUAUCAUUUACCCAAAAGAAAUAUUUUUCCCUUUCCGGUAAUACCAUCCAUACGUCAUUUAUGUACCAGUGGAAAUCAUCCUGUAUAUGUCUUGAUGAGUUUACUGCCGACAUGCUUGAAACUUUGACAUUC